ACAAGAAACGCAUAAAUUAUAAAAUGUACAGAUUUAUAAAAUGUUUAUAAAUAUUUCUUCUUGAAAGAAGUGUCGAGGUUUUUUGAGAUGACUCGAAGAGGUUUUGAAGAGAGAAUUUAAUUUGUUUUUUUUUUUCAACUGCCUUUCCAUCUUAUUUCUUGUAAGGCUUGUGUCACCCUGUGUAUUUUAUAUUUUAAUAUUUUAUCUGAUACUUCUUGCAUUUUUCUGCUUGCAACGUACAAAGUAAUAUGUUGUAUGUGCAUAUUUUCAGUUCCAUGUUAUUUCCUUUAUUUAUCUGCCAAGGCUAUAUAUUAUAUUUCCUGUUCAGUUAUCACCCUUUGGAGCUUUUGUAACUUUUUUUUAGUACUACAGUUAGUAGAGAAAAUAUCAAACGAAAGGUUAGUGUGGAUACAUGUGACCUACAAAAAUACUGAAACGUGUUUAUUGAUUUAUAUAUUUCUUAAAGCAAAACAAAAACCUUAAGUUCCUUGCGAGUUCUAAGUCGAUUGAUAGAUAUCUGAACGAUAGAUCGUCUUAUGUAUAAUUAAAUUAAGCAUUUUUAUGUAUUUUAUAAGAAAGUCCCCAUUGUCAUGCACAAUGUUCAUGUACAUUAUUCUAUAUGCAGGAAACGAUCUAAGCAAAAUGCCACAGGAGCCUAGUGACAGCAAGAAUGAUCCGAGUGGUUGUAAAUAUAGAAGAUUGAGCAAUGGUAGAAGAAGCGAUUUGCAAAUACUAGGCUAUCGAAAUACCAUCGCGGACAGCAGUUCUUGCAAGCAGUUCUUCCUCACGAAUCAAGAGCUGAAACACUUGCUUCUCGAAGCAGCGGACGGCUUCUUGUUUAUUGUGAGCUGCGACAACGGUAGAAUCAUUUACGUCUCUGAGACUGCCGCACCAAUCUUGAACCACACGCAGAAUUAUUGGUACGGUACCAGCAUCUAUUCACAAGUUCAUCCCGACGAUAUCGAGAAGGUGCGGGAGCAGCUCAGCCUGGCGAACCCUCAACACGACGAACGUGUAAUAGAUCUGCAAAGUGGAAUAGUAAAGACGAAAAUGUCAUCUUCGGCCCAAAAAUUUAUGGCUUCGAAGAGGAGUUUCAUCUGUCGCAUGAAGGUGGGCAAGAUGAUAGACACCAUGCUAAAAGAAUAUGGAUUGUAUCGUACGAGGCAGAGGAACUCCCUGGGCCCGCCAGCGCGGGACGGUCAGGACUACGCGGUGGUGCACUGCACUGGGAACAUCAAGAAUUUGGCAUCUAUCGGUCUGGGUGACAGGGAGCCUAGGGGUCUACACGAUAUGAUUGCGGGCAAAAAUAGCUCCACGGAUUAUUGCCUCAUCGCCAUCGGGCGAUUACAGGUCACCAGCACGCCAAACAGCGAUUUAACGAGCCAUAAUAGAAAUAACGAAUUUACGUCACGUCACUCGCAAGAAGGUAAAUUUACCUUCGUGGACGAAAGAGCCCGCGAGAUUGUAGGCUACGCUCCAUCGGAGCUUUUGGGUCACACGUGCUAUGAAUUCUGCCAUCCGCAGGAUGUGGCACAUAUGCGACAGAUCUUCGAUCAAGUAUUGAAGUCGGGAGGGCAGAGCGUGUCUGUAACGUACAGAUUCCAUGCCAGGAACUGCGACUGGAUGUUGCUGAGGACGUCGGCAUCCGCCUUCCUGAAUCCGUCCGACUUGAACGUCGAGUUUAUCAGCUGCACGAAUACGCGCGCAAAGUUUUCACCUCACCUCAGUAGCGACAGUCGAGCGGCAAACAGGCAAUGUCAGGCAACGAGCAGAACAGCACCUGCACAUGGACAACCUGGUUUGAAUUAUCCCCCUCAUCCUGCCAGACAUUUCUUGUACUCCACGCGUCCUGUGAUGCAGCAUUCAGCGACCGCAGCUACAGCCGCUAGGCCAAUCACCAACUAUCCUUUUACGACUUACUCUACACCUAGAUAUCGAACGCAUUCGUUCUUAGGUUUGUCACGACCGUUCAGUACACAGAACAUGUACCAGAGCUACGGAGUAGCUAGAACGCCGAUGCCGAUCGCUUAUGGAUCACCCGGACAGCAAAGUGCGGCUUCGUCGGUUGUAAGGAUGCCAGCUCUGCAGCCGUGGGCGAUUGGAAAACAGCAAUGUGUGAUAGAAGGCUGUCGUUGUAGUGAGUCAUCGAACGAGCCGACAUACACACAGCGCAAUAGCGCAGCUAGGACUGCGCAACAAUACCUGCACCCAAUGACAAUAAUGCCUAAUAAUCCUGGUAUGCGCGAUUGGCAAAGAUCAGCAGUAUCAGCCAACCAGACAGAUAGAUGCUCAACCGAACCACAACCAUCAUACCCAGGCCAAACUAGACCUCAGAGGCAAGCACAAGAAUUCGACAAGUUGCAAAUGCUGCAAGACCAGGGUAGCUCGUCAGAAGCGGGACAUAGUACAAUCAUAGACUGCAAUUGCGAUGGCACACAGUGCAAUUGGCCAUGACAAGUGAGUGCGUGCAAUUUAAAUGGAUACAACUAUUUUGGAUAGUAAUUAUAGACAGUUGACUUUGGAUAAA